AUGGGGGGACAAAGGAACACAUCAUGGUACCAAAUUAACUUUAACCCUGGGACAAAGGAUCCAAAUGGAAGCUUACCUCACGCCCUCCCUCUCUCUGUCUCUGCAUUGCUUGUUUCGCACAAAAAGGGUAGACGAGUUAUCGAGGCACAAUUUGAUAAGGAAUUGGAGCUCAUUCAAGUUAUGAUACCUAUGCUAAUGAGGAUGGUGAAAAGGGAUGCUAACUACAGUGUAGAAAAGUCUGACUGUGGAUUGUUUACAAUCAAGUUCAUCGAGUUUUUACAUGUCAGGAUGAAUGUUAAAGUCAUAGAUGAAAAACGAUUUGCUAAGCCUUAG